GAGAGGAGAGGAGAAGAGAGGAGAGGAGAGGAGAGGAGAAGAGAGGAGAGGAGAGGAGAAGAGAGGAGAGGAUGCAUGAAACCAGAGAAAAGCUCCCUUUCUUGCCCGGAUACUGGCUCGAAGCUGAAGAAACCUACUGUACUGUACCAGUAUGCCAGCAUGUAUACACACCAGUGCUGCAGUCGGGGCAUCAAUUUUGUAUAGGAAAUGGCUGUUGAGGCAGCGCAGCAAACGUCAGCUGUGAAGCACUUGGGCAGAGCGCGCCUCCCUCUCUCUCUCCCCCCUGUAACCACGGGCUGAGGGGAGGAGGGUUCCGCCUUUUCUGUGCAAUGGGGGAGAAGAGAGCGCUGGCAGCAGAAUCAUGUCUGCCUCCGACUCGAGCGCUACAGGACUCAUCUGUAACAAGGUACGCUGUUGAUGCUCCCCUCUUUGUUUAAUCACUCUGCAUGCAAACUCAGUCUCUUCAUUCAUGAGUCCCCUGUCUGUCUGCUCUGAGACGUCCUCUUUCUGUUUUUCUCUUCCCCUCCCCUCUCACUCUUGUCUCAGCAGAAGUCUAUUCCUGUUCACUCACUUUGCCAGCAUUUCUCCACUUCUCUAUUCCCUCCCUCUUUCUCGUCUUCUCUGGACAUACAGUACAGCACACAUACAGUUUGUCUCUCUCUAUCCCUACUCUCUAUAGUCUACUUUACAGCUUUACAUUGAACCUCACUGGGAAGCCCAUCUGUUGAAUGUCAUGGAUUGUGACAGUUAUUUUGUUUAAGUCCUAUCUCCUGUCUUUUUAUGAACUAAUUUUACUACUAUCUGUCCACUGUAACUCCACAAGGAAAUACUUUGUGUGGAAACACAAAUAGCAAUUUUUUUAUUGAAAAAGUAAAGCCCUUCAAAAUCUUGCAAUAAGCAUGACAAUUAUAAUUUGUAUGUUGUUGAUGAGGAGGAUCUGUUUUCCCUCUAGUUCUGUUGGCUCUUCAGCGACAAGCAUUGUAAAAACCUCACAGGUACAAACAUGUAUACAUUUGGCUUUCACAUUCACAUGACUCUGACUGAGAAACAGUAAAGCUCAGACGCAUGUGUCAGCUUUACUAAUGAGUUGACAUUCUACAUAGUUAUUAGCUACAAUAUGAGAAUAUCAGGCAUUUAUCACACAGCUGAAAGGCUCUCAGGAAAAGAGAGAAUGAGUAACAGCAGCAGAGGCCUCGUCAUCUUGAGAUUCUGUAACUUCCCACAAAUCUUUUACACAUUUCACAACUCCCUGCCAUUAAAUUAAACCACCGACUUUUCUGUCACUCUUUGUAUUAAAAGCUCAGACAGUUCAUCUCUUAAAAUAGUGGCAUGUAAUGUGAGUAGUGGGGUGAGAGGGAGCGAUGCACUAUGGUGAGAAAUCUCUUUACAUAUCAGGUGAUGUUAUCAAUACAGUGAUGCCUACACUGCUGUCAGGAGUGGAGGCUGUGAUAGCUUUGAGAACAUCAUGAUUCAAACAUGUAAACAUGUUAUCCUUAAUAUCGGAUUCCUUGCAUCUGCAAUUGAAACUCAAAAGCAAAAAACAAAAAUCAGAGAAUUUAGCUUGUUGGGAAUGGCUGCAAAGUUGCAGUAAGCAAAGCGGUGUGAUGCUUACAAAGGAUUUUGGGAUCUGGACAGUAACAAAGAGAAAAGGACUUUCCCUCCUAUGCUUGAAGUUUAAGGGAAUGGCUUUUACUUUUCUCUUAUUGGUCUUUUUGUUAUUCAUAUAGGAAUAUUCACUUUAGUCCAUCAAAUCUAAAUGUGUAACAUUAUAGAAGUGUGUUCAGUGUACAGCAGGUGAAGACAAUGUUUAGAUAUUUUGCGAUAAAGAGACUCUCUGCCCUUCAGAAUAUAAAUUCUCUUAAUCCGUUCAUCUGCAGAGCUCCAUGUGUGCUUUAAUUAGGUUUUGUUUCUUCUGCUGGCAGACUCUUCAGAUUCUGCUCCACCUCUGGCAGCCUUUGAUAUUCAAAUGAAAUCCACAAACUCUGCGCUGGAUUCAGCAAAAAAAUUGUUUGUUUUUUUUGUGGCAUGGGAUAAAGCAAAAGAGGGAUGAAAAUGGUGGGCAGGAGUGAAGAGACAGGUAGGGAAAAAAGGUAAGAGAAGGAUGACGUUGUUGAGCUAUAUUUAUCUUAUGUGGGUGCUCCUGUCUGGUAUGUGAGGAGGCUUCCAGUCCUGCACCCAGCUGGGACUGCAGCCACCGGGGAAGAGCAGGAUGCUGAUGGAGUGAGAGGACAAAUGUAGGAUCUGGUGAGGUGAGCUUUGUGAGGGUUUUCUCUGCAGGGAAGUUUACAUGUUUAUUAAAGACGGCAGCAGGUUCUGAGGGUUUGUUAUUUUCCAUUACAGUGUUCCAUAGAAUAGAGGCUGCUUUUGCUUUUGUGUUCAGAAAUUUGAACACAAAAGCUGAUGAUUGCUUUCUUAAAGAGUAAGAGUUGUGCUACGUGGCAAUAAACGUUGAACUGAGCCUCUUUUGGAAAAGAAAUCCAAUGGUGUACAAUAGUAUGUCUGUUAAAGGAGCCCAGUCUACUGGAGGCUACUGAGGUGUCUUUUCCAGGAGGGACCUGGUUGACGCGUUGGUUGUAACCCUAAGUUACAAUACAUUACCAGUGAUGUGCGUUGCGUUAAAUACAACAUUUACAGACACGCUCUUCUUUGUAAAAUUAGAGUCCUUUUAUUUUGCUUUGCCGUGCAUCAACGUAAACCCAGUCCAUUUGCUUACACCGACAAUCGAACACACCAUUUGCAAAAUGACAUCAAAAACUGUUACCGCCACAGCGGUCAAAACCCUUUGCCCUUCUGGGGUUAAACACCAGAAGAAAACAGUGAUUUCAGUAUGUAUAUACCUGAGCCCAGGAUGUUAGUACAGCGCCACCCAAUGUAUACAAAGAGAAUAACAUUUCUGGAUAUUUCCAACCCCAUAUUUGGCUGACAUGUCCACUGAGUGAAAGACAGUUAGUCUGCAACUGAUUAUCGUUCUUAAAUGCCAGGUUGUUGCUACCAUCUCUCAGGAGAUGCAGGGUUGCACCUAAACAUAAAUCAACAGUUGAGGAGGCAGCAGGAAGUGUUCAAUGAUUCAUUGUCGAAAUAAACUUUAUGUUUUACACGCUUGGCGCAAGUUCAAAUCUGGUACACCAGACCGUUCAAUAAAAAAAUUCAACAAAGUCAUUUUUUUCAUGUUGAUCAGCACAACUUUCCAACUAAUGUAUUUCAAUCGGAUGUAUCUUUCGUGCAUGCACCACGUCUUUUGGGACGACAUUACGCAACAAAACCACAUAGUAAGGUUUAGAUAAACACUCAAAUAGUAGUUUCGUGUUUGAAAGUCCUACAUUUUGUUGGACCCAUCCACCUCCCAACCCACCCACCAUAAGAGGUCUUUGUCGAUAUUUGAUACUACGUCACUACCUCUGACAGUUGUAUAGUCACAUGGACGCGUUUCAUUCAUGUGUCCAACAUUAAUAAGGGUCGGAAUUGACUUUCCAUUUGAAUUGUUUUUGUGCUGAGUGACACGCAAAACAAUUUCAAAUUUUGGAUUUCAAUUUUGUGACUAUAUCUCAAACUGCUUUGAGGCUGGGCCAAUUAACACAUUUCUUUUUUUGUAUUCGGACAUAAAUUACAUCACGUGGAUUCAUUCACACGCAAACAAAUUCAGAACACAAACUGAAAACAUAAAAUUUGACCUGAUUUAUUUUGUGACCCAACUCCUACAUCACAUCUUUGAUGACACAGACCAAUCUGGAGUCCAGAAAAUGGAUGAAAAGAUGGAUUUUGUAGCAUUAUCCUGCAUUAUCAGUACUCUUGUCAGAGUUGUGUAUUAGUAGGUUUCUUUCUGGAUCUUUGCCAAAAUCUGGUGUGCCUGGCUGAGUGGAUAAAUAGACUACAAGCACUGUGCUGGUUGUUGGUGUUGUUGCAGUACUUACACUCAUGUUCCCCUGAGACGGCCGCUUUGAAAAGCUGCAGGAACUUGUCAUUGCUAGUGAGAUCACAUGGCUUCAGGAAAGGACAGGCAGGUUCGGAAACAGGUUGAACAAGGAGAAGGUAAUGGGAGACACAGAGGGAGAUGUAUCUGUUAGGACCUCCAUCUGAGAUACUUUUACAUUUACUAUACCAUGAGUAAUUCUGAGCAAACAGCUGCUACGGUGUUGUGGUUGCUUUAUCUCCUCUCUGCUUGGACUGCAACAGUUAUUUCCCUCCACUCCCAUCCUCCUUUCUUUCAGGGUUCAGCCGAUUCCUACACUAGUCGACCCUCGGAUUCCGACCUGUCCCUGGAGGAGGACCAGGAGGCGUCUCGGCGUGAAGCCGAGCGCCAGGCUCAGCUGCAGCUAGAGAGAGCCAAGUCCAAACCAGUAGCAUUUGCAGUGAAAGCCAAUGUGAGUUACUGUGGGGCCCUUGAUGUAGAUUGUCCAGUCCAAGGUGCUGCUAUUAACUUUGAAUCAAAAGACUUCCUGCACAUAAAAGAGAAAUACAACAAUGAUUGGUGGAUUGGUCGACUGGUGAAGGAAGGGGCGGACAUCACUUUCAUCCCGAGCCCGGUCAAACUAGAAGCCAUGAGGAUCGAACAAGAGCAGAAAGCAGCAGCAAGGAAAGGAGGGAACGCUUCAUCUGGAGGCUGGAGGUCCACCCCGCCAUCUGCAGCCAAACAGAAGCAGAAACAGACUGAACAUGUCCCUCCGUAUGAUGUGGUCCCUUCCAUGCGGCCAGUGGUGUUGGUGGGGCCUUCGCUGAAAGGCUAUGAGGUAACAGACAUGAUGCAGAAAGCCUUGUUUGACUUCCUGAAGCACAGAUUUGAUGGCAGGAUCUCUAUUACACGGGUGACUGCUGAUCUAUCACUGGCGAAGCGCUCGGUGCUGAACAAGAAGGCCAUAAUGGAGAGAUCCAACACGCGCUCCAGUCUGGCCGAGGUCCAGAGUGAGAUAGAGAGGAUCUUUGAACUGGCCAAGUCUCUCCAGCUGGUCGUCUUGGAUGCAGACACCAUCAACCACCCAGCACAGCUCCUCAAAACUUCUCUGGCUCCCAUCAUUGUCUACGUCAAAGUCUCCUCGCCUAAAGUCCUUCACAGGCUGAUCAAAUCCCGAGGGAAGUCACAAAGCAAACACCUCAACGUCCAGAUGAUGGCAGGGGACAAGCUAGCACAGUGUCCACCUGAGAUGUUUGAUGUCAUCCUGGAUGAGAAUCAGCUGGAGGACGCAUGUGAACAUCUUGCAGAGUACCUGGAUAUUUACUGGCGUGCUACUCAUCUCCCCUGUUCUGCCCCUGUUAACCCCUUACUGGACCAAAGUGUGAUUACCCCACCCUCAGCUAACUCCAGCCAACAAUUUUCUGAGACUCAAGAGUUGAUAGAAUGAUCACCACCACAGACAUAGCUGAGGAAGCUUGUGCUGUCGGCCGGGGUCAGACUAGGAGGUCAUAGAGCACAGGGACCAGGGCGCCACCAGGGGGCAGCAGCAGCCCUCAUCUCUCCAAAGCCAGCCAGCACCUUCUCUGGCCAAACCUGGGGCAAAGAAGAGAACAAGAGCAGAGUACAGAGAGAGAGAGAGAGAGAGAGAGAGAGAGAGA